UUGAGCAGUCUUGAGACUGAGCGACCUUGAAUCAACUUGCCAUUUCUGGUUGUGUCUCUGCAGUCUGACUUUGGGCAGAUCUAAACACUGCUGAAAUAUAAAAAAUACUUCUAUUCCAACAUGUGUGAGUUCAAAGACAUGAAGGAAAAACUGGCAGUUCUGGAAACCAGGCUGAAGGAUAAUGAACAACUGCUUAUGGAGCUGAGGAACAAAGAGAGACCACAGGUGAUAUUCAGCGCAGAGGCUGGAGCAAGAGGAGCAAUUGGACCUUUCCACUCGGGGACAACUCUUAUCUACGAACACGUGAUCACAAACAUCGGAAAUGCCUACAAUAAAUUCACAGGUAUCUUCAUUGCACCUUAUGCAGGUGUUUAUUACUUUACUAUCUUCCAUCAUGCUGGAGGAAACCCUGGGACAGAGCUGUCCCUCUACAAGAACAGCCAGUGCAUGGUCAAGACACAGGAUCACCCAGCAGUCCAUGAAACGGCUCAUAACGGAGGAAACGCGGUGUUCCUGCAGCUGCAGCACGGAGACCAAGUGUAUGUGCGCAUGGAUGCAAACUCACAUGUUUAUGGAUCAAACUACCAUACAACCUUCAGUGGUUUUUUGGUCAGUCAAAUAUGAGAACUGCACAAUAAUUUACCACUUUGUUGGGAUAAAGAAUCAAUACUAAACACAUAUAUCUCUAAACAAUUCAAAUUGAUGAUUAAUUAAUUAACAUUAGACUUUAAAAUCAGUUGCUCCUAGUGUAAAUUCAGAGAAAUAAUCUGAAAACGAGUACUCACUGUUAAGUUUACUGCUUCUUAUUACACAUGUAUAGUUCUUUAGCGGAAGCAAUAAAAAUCAUUUUUAAAUCAA